AUGUACGGUGAGGCAGGAAUAAUUAACUAUGUGCACGGGAACAAAAACCGGCUGAUGAAAAAAGAAGAGUACAACUCCAUAAAAACAGCAGCAACGAUAGAAGAUUUAAAGAUAAAGCUGCAGAAUACGAUAUAUGGAAAGUCGCUUCUUGAGGACUCAGCCACGACACACAAGGCCUUCAAAGAGGCUCUGUACCAGUGCGUUGACAAACAGAUAAAGAUGACGCAGGCUUUCACAACAGAAAAGUCCAAAACUUUGAUCGAUUUUUACAAAGAAAAGUUCCAGCUUGACAAUUUUAUAUAUCUGUGGGCGUGCAAAGAGGAAAGCCCCAAGACUCUUGAGACAGCCCUGGACAUUCACCCGCUGGGCACAUACCCAGAGCUGAACUUCAUAAAAGUAACGCAGACAGCAAAAGACACAUGGAAGUUCUGUUUGGAGAACACGCCUCUGUGCAAAUACAUAGUGGGCCUAUCGCACGAAAUACUGAAGGAAGACGUGCAGUAUGUCAGAAGCAUCUUGCAAAAGAGGUACAUUGAGCUGCUGUACGAGUACUCGAAGAAAAACAAUCUUAUCCUUUCCGAGCUCGUUUUGUUCGAAGGGGAUAAAAGAAUAAUUGAGAUACUGUACUCAACAGUCGGGACAACAAUGAGCGCAAGAGAGAAAGAGUGCCUGUUCCCUGCAUGCAGCACAUUCUCAGACAUCCACAAGGAUCUGCUCCUCAACUGCAAGAGCAUCGACGAGCUGCAGGGCGUUCUGAGCACGCACAGCAACCACAGAAACAUCGUAGGAAACGAAAGAGGCUUGGAGGAUGCUUUGAUAAGAGAAGAAGUGAGGAUCUGCAACAAGUCGUUCUAUGUGUACGAUGACCCCAGCGUAGUGUAUACACAGCUUACGCUGCAGGAGCUGGAGGUAAGAAACCUUAUAUUCAUGGCAGACUGCAUCAUCCAGGGGUACAAAGACCACGCAGACCAGAUAGUAGACAUAAAUGGAAAUUAG